CGAAAUAGGGAGUAGUAUACUCCGCACAUGGUUGGAUCUCUGCAUCCGGCACCGCCUACCGCCCUCGCCCUGCUGCGCCCGCACCGCAGGCCGCGCUUGCCUGGUGGCGCACCCAGAUCGGAUCCACGUUUCUUUCCCCUCGCACAAGCCUGAGCCUCCCUUGAAAUACUCCCCAUCUCCAUCGCCCCGCCUACCCCGCUCAGCCAUUCGACCCCAAUUUCGCUUGCAGUUCCAGUAGCCUCCCUCCCCUCCCGCGCGCAUCGAUCAUGUCGGCCUACUGCGGAAAGUACAAGGAUGAGCUCAUCAAGAACGCCGCAUAUAUUGGCACCCCUGGAAAGGGUAUCCUUGCUGCUGAUGAGUCCACAGGCACCAUUGGCAAGCGACUUUCAAGCAUCAAUGUCGAGAACAUUGAGGAGAACCGCCGUGCCCUUCGUGAGCUCCUCUUCUGUGCCCCUGGUGCCCUCCAGUACCUCAGCGGUGUGAUCCUCUUUGAGGAGACCCUCUACCAGAAAACCAAGGAUGGCAAGCCCUUUGUUGAUGUCCUCAAUGAGGGAGGUGUGCUCCCCGGCAUCAAGGUUGACAAGGGCACCAUUGAGGUUGCUGGCACCAACAAGGAGACCACCACACAAGGCCAUGAUGACCUUGGCAAGCGCUGCGCCAAGUACUAUGAGGCUGGUGCCCGCUUUGCCAAGUGGCGUGCCGUCCUCAACAUCGGCCCUAACGAGCCAUCACAGCUUGCCAUUGACUUGAACGCUCAGGGUCUUGCUCGCUACGCCAUCAUCUGCCAGGAGAAUGGUCUGGUGCCAAUUGUUGAGCCUGAGAUCCUCGUCGAUGGGCCACAUGACAUUGAGCGUUGUGCCUAUGUUACGGAGAUGGUCCUUGCUGCCUGCUACAAGGCUCUCAAUGAGCACCAUGUCCUCCUUGAGGGUACCCUCCUGAAGCCCAACAUGGUUACCCCUGGCUCUGACUCCAAGAAGGUGGCUCCUGAGGUGAUCGCUGAGUACACUGUGCGUGCCCUCCAGAGGACUGUCCCUGCUGCUGUGCCCGCCAUCGUCUUCCUCUCUGGUGGACAGAGUGAGGAGGAGGCCACACUAAACCUGAAUGCCAUGAACAAGCUCAACACCAAGAAGCCGUGGUCCCUAUCCUUCUCAUUCGGCCGUGCCCUUCAGGCGAGCACCCUCAAGGCCUGGGCUGGCAAGGAGGAGAACGUGGAGAAGGCCAGGGCUGCCUUCCUCACCAGGUGCAAGGCCAACUCGGAGGCCACCCUCGGCACAUACAAGGGUGACGCUGCUGCCGGCGAGGGUGUCUCGGAGAGCCUCCACGUGAAGGACUACAAGUACUGAGCUGCCUCACAUUCUGGACCCCUGAGUCUGCUUGCGUUUAGGUUGAGUGUUUGUCAGUCAGAGCCCAAAUUUUGGACAUCGGAACUUGGUUUUAAUAAUCCUGAACUUAUGGAUGAUGGUUGCUUACUUUUUAUACUCAUGUAUUAAUUAGUAUUUUUUGGUGUUCAUCUUGUGUAAUCUGGUCGUACCGAUGGUAAAUCGAGGGGCCACAUUUUGUUCUGUCCGUUGCUGUAAUAUGCUGGUUAUGUUAUUGGUAUAGUAUAUGUCAAACCAAAUGCUUAGUUGGCCGAUGUGCAGAGGUUCUGCAUUGUGCACUGACAUAUUUGAUGUGAAUUAUGAUGAUUCCAGA